GCUGCUAUACUUCAACAAACGGCCGAAUACAUCUACCAGCUGGAGCAGGAGAAGACGCAGCUCCUCUCGCAGAAUUGCCAACUGAAGCGACUGGUCAAUCAGCAUGAGGGUGGCGACGUGCCGAUCAAGAAGCGCAAGGCUGAGACUCAAGGAGUCGUAGUGAGCCUACCGAUGCACGUGAACGAGAGCGGCGACGAAGGCCUGGGUAGCAUGUCCCCGGAACCGCUGUCCGUGAUAACCGUGUCCGCGGAGGGUCAUUCCGUAGUGAACAGCGAGGUCGUGGAGUUGAGAAGAUUGCUGGAAAGAGAGCGACAUACGAGGGUUCAUCUGGAGAAGCAGAUAAGAGCGAUUCAGAGUCAGAUUUAUCCUGAGAGAUUCCGAGACAAUCAGCUUAUCGCGUACCAGCCUCAUGAGGUGAUCGAGCACACGGAUAACGUGAUGGCGCAGGAGACGGAGGAAGCCGUGGCGGCUCUUCAAGUCGUCUCCGUGGUCUCCCUACCGCCGGUUGGUUCGACGCAGACGGUCGAGACGUCCAGUCCGGACCCAAGUCCGCCAUUGUCACCGCAACUGGCGGACAUGGUACCCGUGGAGGUAAAGGAGGAACAGUCUCGUCCAGGAAGUCCAAAAAUCGUGGCAUUUACCCAGAGCCAAGUAUUUCCUGUUAUCGAGGAGCAGACAACGGAGUCGUUUUCCCCAACGCGAGUGACAUACGCAACGGCGAGUUCAGAGUUCAAGAACGCGUCGUCGCAGUUCAUCUCGACCAGUCCCAGUAGGCCAUUUUCACCGGCCGCCGAGCCGCAGCGAUUGCCAAGCGUCCUGGAAGCUGCGAUGAAAGCCGAGCCGAAGGUCGAGGUCGAGAGAUUGCCUUCCCCCGCCAACUCCCUCGACGACAGCACGCCCCAGGCGCGACUCUACCUGGCCAAUACGUCGCGGCAGAAUUUGGAAACCAUCGUCGAAGCCAUACGGCAUCUCGAAGGCGAUCACUUGUUCAGCGAUGAACCUGCUCAGGACGUACCCCUGGCGCUUACGAACAAGCCAACGAGCAGUCCCGGCUCCUCGACGAAGCAGCGACUGUUUCACGCCGAGGUGAACAACUUCCUUCAGUUUCACUCUCAGCAGCAGGCUCAGCAACGACCUGGAGUCAUCGUCGUGAAGCACUCGUGAUCAUCCGUUGUCCCACGCUCAAAGCAUAACUGAAACCACUUACGAUCCCAGUACACUCGUUUUACUUAAGAGAGGAGACGUACGCGCGAACGACUACGAGGUUUUUUUUUUCUUCUUAUUUGCGACCACUGGCGCCACCUGCCCUUGACGGACUUUUCGGGUACGACACGUGUGUCACCGGUGACGCCAGUCCGUGCGAGUAAAUUCUGUAUUUAUUGUCGUCGCGUUGUAAGUCGCUUUCAUCUGAUCGUAUUUUUCACAUUUCUCUUGUAAAUAAAUCCGAAAACACUUCCUUCCUCUUCCUCAUUCUCCCUGUCCUGUGCCUCCUUCCUACUCCUAUUUCCUCGAUAUAAGAAAAAAAGAAAAGGAAAAAAAGAAAACAGAAAGGAACAGCCGAGCUCCGAAAGCUCGGUCGCGACUAUGGCACAACUUCGUUUACUGAAUCUCGCUCGGCGAAAGAGUUCAUUUUUCCUUGUUUCUUUUUUUUCUUCUUUUUUUUCAAAUUUUGUCCCAACAUUUCUCGCAAAUCGAGCAAAAAGGGAAGCGUUUCUUUUUCUCCGAUAAAAGGUAGGCUUAGGCUUAACGAUUACUACAAUAAUAUUCCUAGCUUGAUAAGGCGUACGCUGUAUUAUAAUAUAUUUACGUUUUCUUCUAUUUUUGUCUCCUUUUUUUUUACGUUGUUACAAAAAAAGAAAAAAAACACAGAUGCUGAAAAAAAACUAUGUUUCUCAAUGCUUUCGGUCAUUGUUGAACGCUACGAAAAAAAAAAUCAAAACAUGCAUUACUUAAUAUUUGACACACAUUAAGGUAUAUUAACGUGGGACUGUUUUCAUUUGGGUGGGUUUCGAGGAUCGCAUAAGGACAAUUAGUGAGAAUGCCAACGAUCGCGAUUUAUAUUGUCGGUUUUUAUUAAUUUUUUUUUUCUCUGUUUAUUCCUUUCCUUCAUUCUGGUCGUGGUGGAACUUUAGCGAAUCGAAGUUUCGUUUAAUCUGUGCCAAAUAUCGAGUAUCGAGACUUUUGUUCCUUCGUAGAGAACUAGUGUUAGAAAUGACAGAGUCAGUCAGUGCUUGUUGGCCGAUGCUUUAUACGAUAUAUUAAUUACAUAUGCUCCACGUACCGAUACAUCAUGGCCGACGCGACGACGAUCGUCAGUCCAAGAUUUAUAAAUAGCCGCGCAACCACGAACGAUGGAAAUUAACGUUCGCAAAGCUUUUCGAAAAAUCGUAUAAACACAUUUACGAUCUUUCCAAGAUCAUUAAUCGUCCGAAAUUUCCAUCGUUCGCAAUAAUCCUGUCGUACCACCCUUAAAUCUUGUCUGCGAAACAAUCGUCGCGAAUACCAUGCAGACAACCUGGAAAUAACGCACUGAGAAUUGAAUUGCAUUAAAGUUAAAUAUAUAUAGCACACCCAUGUACAUGCAUAUAUUAAAAAUACACUUUCAUAGUACCUAUUGACCCUUUGCACUCGUCCGAUCCAAACUGCGAGACCGAUGCGAACCCGUCUGUAAAUUCGCAGAAAACAAUAUUCGCCAAGUGCAAAGGGUUGAUAUAAACAGUACAUGAUAACAUACGCGCACGUUGCUGUAUCGUGUACACCCGAGGUUGACUUUGCUACCAUAUCCAUCAGGCAAAAAAAUAUGCAUCGAAAGGCAUAUGAUCGGCGACAGUGGGCGAGUUUGAGUUUCGCGAUUUGUUGUGCCUUCUUAGUGGGGGGAAAAAAAAGGCUCGGAGAAUCCAUAGACCGACUGACUGACCAACGGGAGGCCCGAUAUGUACAUUUUCGUUUAUGCGUCUCUCUGUUACGUUAAUUUUGUACACGAUUGAAUACCGUAAUUCAUAACCGAUAACGACGACACGAUAAAUGUGAACGAUUAUAUGGGUUGAUGAUUACGACGGGUGACUACGAUAACGACUUCGUAAGAACGAUGAGGAUUAUUUAAAAAAAAAAAAAAAGUGGGGAUACUUUCGAUUGCAAUUAUUAGUUUUCACGACGAGGAUCGUCGAUCUACAGCGAGGAGGAUAAGAUCGAAUAGCUUUUAAGUACUGUAGAGCACAGGUGCGCCUAGGAGAAUAAUAAUAGGUACCUUUAAAGUUUAAGCGAAUCGGUAAAGGCUAAGAAGGAAAAACCUUAGUUACUUUUAGCGUAUAGGUCGGUAGGAAUUGUUAGCGAGUAACGCGAUGAAGAAUGAAAAAAUCGUUAUUAAUAUUGUCUAUCGAUAUGAUGAAUGUGACACUACUCUGUAAUUGUACUGUAUGUAUAUAAUUUAGCAAUGUUGUAUACGUUACACACACGUGAUCCUAGGUACAUACUACGUACGACGCUAAGGGAUAAGGUUGUCGAAUGGCGUCUUACCGUGCUUCGGGGCGAUUUUGAGUCCAGGUAUGUCAAAAAAAAAAAACAAAAAAAAACAGACGAUCGUUCUCAGACGAUCGGUAAUAUUUUUUCGUGGCACGUUAUUUUCGUCCCAGUUCGAAUCCGAUAAUCGAGGUCGUCGCGAAGUUCACGGUAGGAUGCGUGAAGGUACCUUCGACCUUUUGAACUCGUGACAUUUAACGAUCCACAUAACCCGCAAGUACAUUUUUUUUUUCGAAUUUUCAACAUCCGCAGUUUCCAAGGGACGGUCCGAGGGUGGCACUCGAAGGGACGAGAGAUCGAACCAAAAUAUCAUCUACUUACUUGCUCUCUCCGGUCUAUACUUAUUUUAACAAAUUUUGUUUUCUCUGCCAUCAUUUUUUCGCCCACCUUUUUUUUCCAUCUGAAGAGUCACCCCCUUUUCUGUGUAUUGACUUUACACGCGGGACACCGAGGCCUAAAAAUGAAGUCAAUUCGAAAAGCAACGCCUCGCGGCUUAUCGAUUUUUAUUCGCUUAACCUCCGAUUCGUCGCUGUCGUGUUCGUCGGGUCGUAAAUUUUAUUUCGUCACAUUCACUCUUCCAUCGCCGCUGUGUCUAAUUAUUUAUCUUUGGUACCUGUCACUGUAUACUUGAUACGACAAAUGCGUUUGUUUCUCGAUGUGAUUUGACUCUAGGUCGACAUCCAGUAUUUGUAACGUUCGCGCGCGACGUCCCGUUCGAUACACGAUUAGAUCCUAGACGCGUGUACAUUCGUAUGAUAUGUAUAUCCGUGGACAGGAUGCACAUUGUGAACUGUGUAAUUUAAUGAGACGCUGCUCGUAGGUUUUGAUAAACACCGUACGAAAGAUCGUAAGAGCCGACUUCGAGACCUUAGCGCGUAUUGCGUGACUACGAUGACUCUUUUUUUUCGUUUUUUUUUUUUUUUUUUUUUUUUUUUUUUUUUUUUUUUUUUUCGUCGCUUCCAGGAGGCGACUAAAAUCGCAGAUAAUUACUUCAAUGUGUAUUCCAAAAGUGUGCGUAGACUUUAGCGAGCAAAAUUUCUAGUGAAUGUAUUAAAUUAUUUAUUGGAGUGUGUGUGAGAGAGAGAGUGAGUGAGUUGGAGUGUGUGAGUGAGAGAGAGAGAGAGAGAGAGGAGAGCGAAGGAGCUACUAGUAGAUGGAUCGAUCACGUGUAAUAGAGAAGAUCGAGUGAUUCCGCGGAGAAAGGGAGACGGAUGAGAUUAGAAGUGGUGCACGAGAUAAAUAGAGAGAAAGGCUGAGAGGCUAAGAAAAAAGGGGAGAACGAAUGAAAAGUAAGAUUGAAAAUAUGAAGAUUUUCUAUUCGUUGUGAAAAGAAAAAAAA